UUGAUUAUACGAGUUAUUACAUGAUGUGGCAAUAUUGAUAUAACUAGAUGUUUAAUUAAUGUAAUACUCGUUUAAAUGAAUAAUGGACCGAUGGGUUCAUUCAUCCGGGGAAUUUCUUCUUAAGUAAAUCAAAAGUAAAAGUUUGUUCCCCCCCCCACUCAAGUUUGUUUCCCACCGUCCCUAUUAGCGAAGAAUGAACUCUCUUCUUAUUACGACAACCAGUUUAAGCUAGUCUCACAUUAUACGCGGACGAGGAAGGGAGUUCAGCUAGUGCGUAUACGUAUAUCCCGAACCGGAUUUGUUCGGUCGUUCGCCCUUCUGUCCGCGGUCCUGCACCUGCUCCGAGUAUGGUCGGUGCAUGAAAAAGCGCAUCCGUACAAUCCGAACGAAUGAACGAACGAACGAACGAACGAACGAGCAAACAAAGAGAGUUCGGUCAGUGUAGUCAAGUGCACUGUAUAGUUUACGUCAGGAUCGUCGAAGCAUUUUUUUUUACACGGCAUCUCUUUUCACGAAUUUAUUUAUUUAUUCUUGCACGCACUCACAUCAGUUUGUCUUGUCUUUCUUUCUUUCUUUCUUUCUUUCUUUUUUUUUUUUUUUUUUUGAGAAAAUAUAGACGUCGAAAAUGGAACAAUAAAGACACCGCAAGACAAAUUUCACCAAACUGAUCACAAACGGGCCAGCGAUACUUGGAUUGCCGCAAAAGUUUCUGUUUCAUGAGCUUCGCUGUCUACCGAGCUUUCCUCCGUAGCCGCUUUCCUUCGUAGCAUCUGAUAUAGGGAGCUGGAAGAUUCAACAGACCGAGUUCAGCAUUACGGAUUAAUAUUCUCUGGAGGAAGCACGUAACCUCGCGCCGUCGGGCUCUCGUUAUUACCGUCUGUGGUGUCGAAUGAGAUGCCUCUCGCGCGAUGCUGCAGCCCUAUAUUCCGAAUUCUCUAGCAAAGUUCCCUGGUGAACGCGAAACUCGCGUGUUCAGAGUACGCGCUUUCCUUUCAUAGUUCUUUCUCCGUGUCUUUUGAUCCGCGUCGUCGUGCAGUCGAGCGAGAAUCGUACGUACUCGUAAUUUAUUCUCACAGCCAAGUAAAUUAAUUAUUUGCAUGCCAACGCUCAUAUUUGACGAGUGGACCCUCUAGUGGUGCGUUCGGUAGAAUAAUGUUGGUGUGAGAGUGGGAAAGGCUCCCGACACGGUGCAGUGGUGACGUAUCCAGGUUCGUCGGAUGGAUCGGGGAUACGUCUUUAGAGAUUGUGCCGGCUCUGUCCGCUCGUGAUCUCCGACGGGAAACAGACGAGAGCGUACGCGUAGAUCCCGUGGCCCGCCGUACUCUGUAUCCUCCCGUAUAUAUGCCAAGUGUGUGCGACGUGUAACACGUGUGACAGUUACCCUUUACCCGUGGGAUACCACUGCGGAUUAUACGUUUUCUUCGACCGCAAAGGGUGGUCGGAGGCGCCGUGUGCCGGAUUACACAUAUACGUACAUACACACACAUACAUACACACGUACCCCAGUGGUUCUCUCUCCUUGGUGCACGUUACGGCGGAUUCAUCCCUAAAGGAUAUGUCGCUAUAGUGCUCACACCGAUCGCAGCUACGAUGGCCGGAUACUCCAGUGCGCUCAAUACGGAUUUCGCUCCGGAAUCAGCGCGGAGGAUGCAACGAUCUGCGAUCGAUGCUAUCGGGAAUGCCAGGGAAUCCUCCGUAUACGCGAUUACGAGGAACGAGAGCAGAAGAAUCGGGCGAAGAACAGUAUCGUUAAUAAUUUGCCUCUCGUUGCUGAUGACAAUGGAGGCGAAGACAGUGGCAGCUAUGAACGUGACAAACGCAUCGUCCGUGGUAGUGUCGACGCUGAAACCGUUUAUAACGACGGAAGUAGUUUAUCAGCGAUUCGCCAUCGAGCCGAUGGAUCAAACCGCGGUGAUUGGCAGCCGAGUGACGCUUCCAUGCCGAGUUCUCGAUCAAAAGGGGCCCAUUCAAUGGACCAAGGACGACUUUGGCCUAGGAGCUGUUAGGAAUCUCACCGGAUAUGAGCGAUACGCCAUGAUCGGUAGCGAUGAAGAAGGUGAUUUUUCGCUGCACAUAUAUCCGGUGGAACUCGAGGACGACGGCACGUAUCAAUGUCAGGCUUCGCCGACAAACGACGGACAGCCGGCUUUACGAUCGAGAUUUGCCAAGCUGAGCGUGCUAGUACCACCGCAAAAGCCGAAGAUCUUACAGGGUGACUUCCUCGUCACCACCGAAGAUCGCGAGCUGGUGAUCGAAUGUAUAAGCAGCGCCGGAAAACCACCGGCAGAGAUCACGUGGAUCGAUGGACUGGGCAACGUGCUACGCCAUGGCAUCAAAACCACGAAGGAAGCGUACGAUAACGGUCCGCUGAUUACUGUAAAGUCCGUCCUGAGAGUGAUGCCGCGAAAGGAUCACGACAACACGACUUUCACGUGCCAAAGUCAAAAUAUGGCGGAUCGUUCGCCGCAAAGCGCCAAACUUCGCGUCGAGGUACGUUACGCACCAAAGGUGUCCCUCUCGAAGAUCGAUCGCAUCGUCGAAGGUUCCGAGCUUAGGUUCAAGUGUUGCGCCGAGGCCAAUCCACCUGAUGUAGAAUACAGGUGGUUUAUCAACAAAAAAAAGGUGAUCGGAGACUACACCACGGAGAUGAUUAUUCACAAUGCUACCCGUGAGUUGCACGACGCGACCGUAAAGUGCGAGGUUUCGAAUGAAGUCGGUAAAAGCGAGGAGAGCCAAACCCUGGAUAUAAGAUACGGCCCGCAGUUUCGGCACCCGCCGCUCUCCGUGGAAACACAUUAUGGCGCCACGGAGAUCCUGCAGUGCGACGUAGACGGGAAUCCAAUGGCCGAGAUCGAGUGGUACCACGAGGAUUCGGACCGAAUGGUCGCCAACAGUCCGAACAUAAGCGUCGUUGUGAGCUCCGACACUGCCGGCCGUUACUACUGCAAGGCCCGUGUGCACGGCUUUCCGGAAUUAACUGGCCAUGCCAACAUCUACAUUCGCGCGCCGCCCAGCAUAGUGUCGCAAAGGAUCCAAUAUGUGCCUGACGAAGGAGUGGUCAAGGUUAAGUGCACCGCGAUAUCCGUGCCAAAAGCGGAAUCGGUGGUAUGGAGCUUCGCCGGUCGCGAGCUCAAUUUCACGUCGAACAAUACGCCGUUCUACGUGCAAGAGGAAUACGCGGCCGAGAGGGUAGUCAGCACUGUCACCCUACUGGAUCCCAUAUCGACGUACUUUGGGGAUUACAACUGCACGGUUACGAACAGCUUCGGCACGGAUUCUGUCAUCAUCAAACUGACAGCACACACGUUGAUUCCAGUCGAUUGGCAACUGAUCUUGAUCAUCGCCGGGCUGGUUGUCUGCGUGAUCCUAAUUGGCAUAAUAGUCAUACUCAUUCUACAAUGUCGCGAUCGUAUUAAGCAGCCACGACCGCGUACGGCGCAGAAUCAAGAGACUGAUUUGCAGGAAACGGAUUCUAAUGCCGAUCGAUACAGAGAAAGCGAUAGGAGCAGCAACCUCUCGGAUGUCAAAGCGGACAUCAGAGCGGGAUCCAGUGUCAGCAACGCGGAAAGUGUCACAGCCCUUGACAGUGAAGGCGAAGGAAGUACUAGAGGAGUAAACGCUUUGGCGCUUGCUGGACCAGUGCCGAAUCCAUUAUCCGGUUAUCGUUACAGCGCUGAUUAUACUGAGCCUUCCUUCCCGCCGAAGAAUAACGAUGGCAGUAACAACAACGGUUACGUGCCAUACGUUGACUAUACUCGCGAUUAUAUGCCACCAACGACACAGAGCAUGGGCGCUUCGCGAGAGUCCUUGAGCAGGAUAUCCACGAGUGGUAUCUUAUCAUCGAAAAAAAUCGGACUCAGCUCGGCCAACCUGGGUAGCUCGACUCCACAGACAACGCCGAUCGAUCCGCGAUUUUCUGCGACAUAUGGCAAUCCCUAUCUCAGAAUGUCAGCGGCCGAGCAGCUACGACACGCGCCGCACACAGCCGUGCCGGGAGUCACGCCGGCACCACCACCGUACACGCAGGCAAUGAGAAUGAAUAGCUUGAAUACCUUGAACGGCGCUGGCCCUCAGGCUCCAUUGUCAGCGCAUUAUAUUACCGGCGGUCCAAACGGGGCCAUGGCGACGGUGAAGCGCACAUCCGCGGUGGGCACGUUAGCGACGCACGUAUGAGGCCAGGGGAUCUAUC